AUGCCACAUGCAACAUCGCCGCCAUCAACGUCCGCGUCACCUGAAGACGCCCAUUUCUAUGUGAAUGAUGGUCAGCUUGAUUCCGAUCAGUUUGGAUACCUCAAGCCCACUCAUAUCGACACGCCUCUUGCUGAAGUGCGCCGUCGGUUCGCCGAAGAUGGCUACGUGUUUCUGAAGGGCAUUCUCCCCCGAGAUGACGUGCUCCAUGCCCGUUCAGAAUACUUCAGGCUUCUGUCGCCGUCUGGUGUGCUGGCGCCCGACUCGAUACCCGCGGAGGGCAUCUUCAACCCGUCUUCCAACCCGCUAGACUAUCCUGGCAUAGGCGCUGGACAGUCUGACGCCAAUGGCCGUCCCACUGGACCAAAUCCCGAGGUCGCAAAUCAGUUCGUUGAUUUGGCACUGAAAGCUCAUUCUGAGAAGUGGUACAAAGAUGACUUCUGUCGGCAUCCUGCCCUAAUUGAUUACAUUGCAAAGUUCACAGACUGGGGAGCGGAGAACACGAUACCAAUCAAGAGGACGCUUCUAAGGAACAACACGCCCGGGAACAAUGCAAUCGGCGUACACUAUGACCAAAUCUUUCUCCGACAUGGCGAGGAUACGAGCGUCACGGCGUGGGUUCCAAUGGGUGAUAUCUCGUUGCACGGUGGAGGCCUGAUCUAUCUGGAGAACGGCCACAAGCUGGGUCGGGAGCUUGAGCAGAACUUCACGGCUCGAGCUAAGGCAAGCGGCUUGACCGAUCAAGAAAUGAAGGAUGCCUUCAACCGAAACAUGAUGUCUGGUGGUAUCUUGAGUCAAGGAGCGAAGCAAUUUGCGAAGGACAAUGGGAAUAGACGGUGGCUCCUGGCGGAGUACGAGGCAGGCGAUGUGGUAUUGCACAAUGCGUAUGCUAUCCACGCGAGUUGCAUCAACAAGGACCCGAAGGGCAGGAUACGUGUCGGCACAGACUUGAGGUUUGUCGAUGGGAGCAAGGAGUGGGAUCGGAGGUGGGACAAGGUGUACGAAUUUGCGGAUGGAGUCUGA